AUGUCGUUGUAUGUGGUUUGCGCAUUGCUGCUUUUGACGCCUAUUCGAGCAUUUUAUUUGCCGGGUUUGGCUCCAGUAAACUAUUGUAUAGCUAGUGAUGACACUAGUAAAUCUUGCAAGACGGAAAUCCCGCUGUAUGUAAAUAGAUUGAACACAGAAGAAUCAGUAAUUCCAUUUGAGUAUCACCACUUUGAUUUCUGCACUACUGAUGAAAGUCAAUCGCCUGUGGAGAAUCUCGGUCAGGUCGUCUUCGGCGAACGAAUACGGCCGAGUCCUUACAAGCUCGAAUUCCUUAAAAAUGUGGAGUGUAAGCCUGUCUGCACGAAGACAUAUAGAGGCUCAGACUCAGAUUCCAACAAACGGUUGAAUCUGCUGAAGAUGGGCAUGGCUCUCUCUUACCAGCACCAUUGGAUCCUAGACAACAUGCCUGUGACUUGGUGUUACUUGGUUAAUGAGGGAGGGAAGACCUACUGCAGUACUGGGUUCCCGAUGGGCUGCCAAGUGCGCAAAGACAUGGACACAUGUACACCGAUUGUGAACGGCCAUUCAAGUCGUAUUGGCGCUUACUACCUUUUCAACCAUGUAGACUUAGAGAUCACGUAUCACAGUGGUAGUGAAGAGGAAUGGGGCGUUGCAUUCGGUGAAAAUGGCGGUCGAAUUAUAUCUGCUAAGGUGAAACCAGCCAGCAUUCGACACACAAACCCAUUAAAACCAGAUUGUUCUGCCCGUGGUGCUGAACUACUCAUACCAACUGAAAUAGAUUCCGACAAAGUCUUCAACAUCACAUACACUUACAGUGUUACCUUUAAAAAGAAUAACACUAUCAAAUGGUCUUCACGAUGGGACUAUAUCCUCGAGUCUAUGCCACAAACGAACAUACAAUGGUUCUCCAUUCUAAACUCUUUGGUGAUAGUCUUGUUCCUCAGUGGUAUGGUUGCCAUGAUUUUAUUGAGGACUUUGUACAAAGAUAUUGCGAGGUACAACCAAAUGGAAUGUGGUGAAGAUGCACAGGAAGAAUUUGGUUGGAAGUUGGUGCACGGUGACGUAUUCCGUCCUCCGCGGCGCGGUAUGCUGCUGGCCGUCUUCCUCGGAUCUGGAUCUCAGGUGUUCGGCAUGACCUUGGUGACUCUAGCGUUUGCUUGCCUGGGUUUCUUGUCCCCGGCUAACCGCGGUGCUCUGAUGACGUGUGCGUUGGUCGCCUGGGUAUUGCUCGGAGCUGCCGCUGGUUACGUCAGCGCUAGGAUCUACAAGAGCUUCGGCGGCAGGAGGUGGAAGAGCAAUAUUUUAUUAACCUCGAUGGUGUGCCCUGGUGUGGUGUUCUCUCUGUUCUUCAUAAUGAACUUGGUGCUGUGGGGCAAGGGUUCAUCCGCGGCCGUCCCCUUCUCGACCUUGGUGGCUCUGCUCGCUCUCUGGUUCGGUGUCUCUGUACCGCUCACCUUCAUCGGAGCUUACUUCGGUUUUAGGAAGAGGAUCUUAGACCACCCAGUGCGCACGAACCAGAUCCCGCGACAAAUCCCGGAGCAGUCAUUAUACACACAACCCGUUCCCGGCAUCGUGAUGGGAGGUGUACUGCCAUUUGGAUGUAUCUUCAUUCAGCUGUUCUUUAUUCUCAACUCGCUUUGGUCCAGUCAGAUGUACUACAUGUUCGGUUUCCUGUUCCUGGUGUUCGUGAUCCUGGUGAUCACGUGCUCGGAGACGACGAUCCUGUUGUGUUACUUCCACCUGUGCGCGGAGGACUACCACUGGUGGUGGCGCGCCUUCCUGAGCUCGGGCUCCACGGCCGGCUACUUGUUCAUCUACUGCUGCCACUACUUCGUCACCAAACUCAACAUAGAGGACGCCGCCUCCACCUUCCUCUACUUCGGAUACACCUUCAUCAUGGUCUUCUUAUUUUUCCUCCUCACCGGCACUAUCGGAUUCAUGGCCUGCUUCUGGUUCGUCAGAAAAAUCUACAGUGUCGUCAAAGUCGAUUAA